CCUAGACAACAUUAGCCCCCACGUGUCCCUCACUUCCCCUCUGCCCAUAUCUUAAUUAAUCUCUACUCAAUUACUACUUGCUUACCUACUUUUACUAAUUGUUGAGGAUGGAGCAAAUGCCUAGAGCGGCGGUGGAUCCCCUGGUGGUGGGCGGCGUCAUCGGAGAUGUGGUCGAUAUGUUCGUUCCCGCGGCCGACUUGUCCCUACACUACGGCACCAAACACCUAUGCAAUGGCAUGGAGAUCAACCCACACUCAGCGGCUCAAAGCCCUCGACUCCUCAUCACCGCCUCCGUUCCCGUUCCCACUCCUAAUUACUAUACUCUUGUAAUGGUUGAUCCUGAUGCUCCUAGUCCAAGCGAACCAACUUUCAGAGAGUGGCUCCACUGGCUAGUGAUAGACAUUCCUGAGGGAUCCGAUGCCAGUGAAGGCAAGGAAGUAAUGGAGUAUAUGGGGCCUCAGCCACCCACCGGCAUUCACCGCUAUGUGUUUGUAGCUUUCAAGCAAAACAGCCUGAUGGAAACGGUGAGAAGGCGGCCAGUGGAGCGCGGUCAAUUUAACACACGCCAGUUUGCAAGUGAGAAUGAUCUCGGCCUUCCAGCAGCCGCUCUGUAUUUCAACUCUCAGAAGCAACCAGCUGGAAACAAGAAACACUAGAGGGGAUCUAAUGUGUGGGUACUUGGCGUUGGCUCUCUCUAUAUGAAUGGAUAGGUUUAUUUCCGGUAUAUGUGUGUUGUUAGAGGUAUAGGUGUGUGAUUUUACAUAUUUAGGUUGCUGUUGCUAAUCCAGUCAUAAGUAAAUCUCUGUCUUGUUUCAUUCUGUUUAUAUGCUAUUUGGACUGUUGGGGGGUGUAUGAUGUAUGUGAGUACGUGUCAAGUCAUCUUUGUGUUGCUGAUCAUUACAGGAGAGUCGUUCUCUUUAUUACCA